AAUCAUGAAUCAAGGAUGAAUUUGGUUCCAUGCAUGGUUGUCUAGUUGGCUAUACUAGUAUAAAUAAGUGAAGGAGUUAGUGGUAAGAUCAUCAACGUAACACAACAAACUUGAUUACCAUUUACGAAGUACUUGGUACGAAACAACUAGUGUGAUCAAGAACCAUGGCCUCCUCACAAGCAGCAAGACCAUCCAUCAGUUCAAAGAACAGAGAGAUUUUGGAUGGGAUAAAGAAGAAGGUGCAUGCAGAAAAUGUAGGAAAUCAGGCAGCAGCCCAAACAACCACACAUGCCGAAAUGCUGAAUAAUGGGGUGGGAACCGUAAAGUUCCAGGAGAAGAAAGAUUGGUCUGGGUCUGUGUUUGGCUCUUACCCUCAAAGUAUUGCUACUAGCCGUUCCGGUAAGUUUUCGCACCGAGGUGUCCCACCUCAGGACGUAGAAGGCUCCAUGGGUGGCAUUGUAUAUGUUGGCCCUAGGGUUCAAGGUGGUUCAGAUGAUUGUGCUUGGGUUUUUGCUUGGAGCGUUGCUGGCGAUGGUACUCCUAACAAGGUCUAUGCUGAAUGUGGGCUCGCUUCAAAGUAUCCUCCUGGCAAUAUUAACUGGGACAAAAUUAAAACUUCACUGACAACAGCUAGCUCUGAAAUUGAAUACUCUGACGAUACUUCUAGAUCUGAGAUCUCUGCUUCUAUUGAUGCUUCUGGCAAUACUCCUGCUCUAGCUGUUGUCUUCCAAGUUAACCCUUGAAUACGUACUCGAUUUGUACGAUCGAGUUGAGCUCAGCUCAUUACCAUUAUCUAUCUACCAAGUAUAAUCCGAUGGAUCGAGCAUAUAAUUACACUAUUAUAUUUAUGUAAUAACUAAAUAAUUGCUCUUCACCUUCAGGUUAUACUUUAUGCUACUAUGUUGAAAUUUCCUACUUAUUAAUAUAAUGCUAUGUUAUUAAAUCUA